GUCAAGGAUUUGAUUGCGAGAGAGACAUCACUUCACUGUUUUGUGUCUGAAUGAAUAAAGGGCUACUUAAGCAGUUCUCUCUCUUCCAUUAUCCACAACUCCUAGGUCCAUAGCCACUUGAAGAACGUAGAAUAAAUCAAGGACCUCCUACAUGGGAAUUCCUACAGGGCAACACCAUCUGCUGGUGGCAAUGGCACUGCAGUUCAGCUAUGUGACUUUUGAUGGGCCUAGGGAAAAUAAAAGCCAUUUGCCAUAUAGAUGGAUUAUGUAGGGAAAGUGGGUGUUGUUGGGAUUCUUUAGCAUGUUAUCAAUUGUGUGUAUGAUGCAGAUUUUUUACUCUCAGUCAGUAAUGAAAUAAUAAAUCAGAUUUGUGGCAUUCAUAAGAUGAAAUGUUUUCUUGAAGAUGAAAUCACCCUCUAGGGUCUGUUGUUAUAACCAAGGGUUGAAAGUGCUUUCCUCACUCAAGAUGUAAUUGUUAGCAGGCUAUUUGUGGGCCAGUGCCACAAAAACCACCACUGUUGAUUACUGCAGUCUUUAAUUCCAACUGCUUAGUUUGAAAUGUUGGAGGAGAUGGGAAAGCGAUGAAGGGAAAGCCAAGAGGGAGAAAGAUUUGGAAGGGAGCUGGAGAGGGGUGUGGAAGUGCAGUCUUGUGGUUGAAACUCAGACAAGGGAUGUCGAGAUGUGAUCUGGAAGCCAUUCGGAGCAGUGCCAGAAACCUCCAGUGUAGGCCUGCAUGAGACACUGAGAGCUUCUCACAGAGCCAGCUUUGAUGUUGAGCAGGGUGGAUAUUUGUCCAGGAUGCUAGCCUGUAAAGGGCCAGGACAUGGCUUUGUAAGCAUCCAGGUUGUUUCCCAAUCCCUUCAGGGUUGCACGAACAGUGUUUGGGCAAACUGUGUGUUUAGGCCGCAUGUGAUUGUUCUUUAGGAGGAGCACUAUAUUUCUGGUACUGCCCACAGCCUUGCUUAGUCUACUGAACAGUUAAAUAGGCCUGCAUACUUGGUAGGCAUACAUGCCAAAAACACAAGUCCCUUUGCUAAGAAAAGAAAAGAAAAGAAAAGAAAAGAAAAGAAAAGAAAAGAAAAGAAAAGAAAAGAAAAGAAAAGAAAAGAAAAGAAAGACAUUGUUUUAUAUUGAUAACAUUGUUAUAAUUACCAUGAAGUAUAAAAAAAAGAAAACAAUUCAAACCAUUCUACUACUUUUGUUCAGUUUAACUGUUAAUGUAUCCAAGAGCAGACCUUUGGAUCUUGCUGAAUUCCUCUGGAGAAAUUCCUCCUCCCUGAGAUCACUCCCUGCAAUGGUGCUCCUGAAAGCUCAAUCGUGUGGGGGCCGUUUGAAUUCCAAAGAUGCUGGCUACAUCACUUCACCUGGCUACCCACAGGACUACCCCUCGCAUCAGAACUGUGAAUGGAUCAUUUAUGCCCCCGAACCCAAUCAGAAGAUUAUCCUCAACUUCAAUCCUCACUUUGAAAUUGAGAAACAUGAUUGCAAAUAUGACUUUAUUGAGAUACGGGAUGGAGACAGUGAAACGGCUGACCUGCUGGGCAAGCACUGUGGAAAUAUUGCUCCUCCUACCAUCACCUCGUCAGGCCCUUCUCUCUAUAUUAAAUUCACCUCAGACUACGCACGCCAAGGUGCUGGCUUCUCUCUGCGUUAUGAGAUCUAUAAGACAGGCUCUGAAGAUUGUUCUAGAAACUUCACCAGUUCGAAUGGUACCAUUGAAUCCCCGGGAUUUCCUGAUAAGUAUCCUCAUAAUUUAGACUGCGCUUUCAUAAUCAUGGCCAAGCCAAAGAUGGAGAUCAUCCUUCAGUUUUUAACCUUUGACCUAGAGCAUGACCCCUUGCAAGUUGGGGAGGGAGAUUGCAAGUAUGACUGGCUGGACAUCUGGGAUGGUAUUCCUCAAGUUGGCCCCUUGAUUGGCAGGUACUGUGGCACUAAAACCCCUUCAGAGAUCCGCUCAACUACUGGCAUCCUUUCGCUCACAUUCCACACAGAUUUGGCAGUGGCUAAAGAUGGCUUCUCUGCUCGCUAUUACUUGGUCCAGCAGGAGGUGCCAGAGAACUUCCAGUGCAACAUUCCGCUGGGGAUGGAAUCUGGCCGGAUCUCCAAUGAACAGAUCACGGCCUCCUCCACUUACUCCGAUGGCAGGUGGACUCCCCAGCAGAGCCGACUCAAUAGUGAUGACAAUGGAUGGACUCCUAAUGUAGAUAACAACAAGGAAUUCCUGCAGGUGGAUCUUCGCUUCCUGACAGUGCUAACAGCCAUUGCUACACAGGGUGCCAUCUCCAAAGAAACCCAGAAUGGGUACUAUGUUCGGUCAUACAAACUGGAGGUCAGCACAAAUGGUGAGGACUGGAUGAUGUACCGACAUGGCAAAAACCACAAGGUAUUCCAGGCAAACACGGAUGCUUCAGAAGUAGUUCUGAACAAGAUCCAUGCUCCAGUACUGACUCGGUUUGUGAGGAUCCGCCCCCAAGUGUGGCACAGUGGGAUCGCACUCCGACUGGAGCUCUAUGGUUGCCGGAUCACAGAUUCUCCCUGCUCAAAUAUGCUUGGAAUGCUUUCCGGGCUCAUCCCAGACUCCCAGAUCUCUGCCUCCUCUACCAGAGAGUAUCACUGGGCCCCCAGCGUAGCACGCCUGGUCAGCAGUCGCUCAGGAUGGUUCCCGCGCAUCCCUCAAGCACAGCCCGGGGAGGAGUGGCUUCAGGUAGACCUAGGAGCUCCCAAGAACGUGAAAGGAGUGAUUAUCCAAGGGGCCCGAGGUGGGGACGUGGCGGAGUCUCGAGCCUUUGUAAGGAAGUUUAAAGUGGCCUACAGCAUGAAUGGGAAGGACUGGGAAUCCAUACAGGACCCCAAAACAAUGCAACCUAAGAUGUUUGAGGGAAACAUGCACUAUGAUACUCCUGAAGUUCGAAGGUUUGACCCUGUUCCUGCACAGUACAUCAGAGUUCACCCAGAAAGGUGGUCUCCAGCAGGAAUCGGGAUGCGCUUGGAAGUUCUGGGGUGUGAUUGGACUGAUGUAAAAUCCACUGCAGAGACACUGAAGCCCACCUUGAAGAGUGAGGAGACCACCACUCAGUUCCCCACGGAUGAAGAAGCAACAGACUGUGGUGAUGGAUGUGUGGAGAAUGGAGAUUUCCAGAUCCCGGUAGGGUUCAACUGCAACUUUGAUCUUGCCGGAGACCUUUGUGGUUGGACGCAUGAUACAUCUACAGGAUUUACCUGGACUUUCCAUUCUAGAAUCACCUGGGUGAGCCAUUCAGGACCAGGCAUUGAUGGCAACAGUUAUUUGAAGCUGCAAAGCAGUGCAAGAAGAGAAGGACAACAUGCUCGGCUUGCCAGCCCCAUGAUCUACUUGCCCAGGAGUGCUGUGUGCAUGGUGUUCCGGUACCAGGUAGCCGGUGGGAGCGGGACGAUGCUGCGGGUGUGGCGGGAAGCCACCCACGAGCACAAGCCACUGUGGAUCAUCCAGGAAGAUCAAGGGGAUGAGUGGAAAGAAGGCAGGAUCCUUCUGCCUAGUUAUGAUCUGGAGUAUCAGAUUGUGUUUGAAGGAAUUAUAGGCGAAGGACAUUCAGGAGAGAUUGCCAUCGAUGAUGUCCAGAUAGGCACCGAUAGCUCCUUGGAGAACUGUAUGGAACCCAUUACAGCUUUCCCCGGUGAACAUACAUUCGGAGUUUCAGUGGAUUUCCCAAGGAGAGAGGAUUAUGUUUCCAUUCAUGAGAAAGACUUUGGGGAAGACGCUGAAGAUGACGAUUUCGGCCUGGAGAAGAACAACUCCGUGUUUUCAACUAACUUGCCAAUGACCCCAAAGGUGGACAAAGAGAAGAGCUGGCUGUACACUCUGGAUCCCAUCCUGGUCACCAUCAUAGCCAUGAGUUCCCUGGGUGUGCUGCUGGGGGCCAUCUGUGCCGGGCUGCUGUUGUACUGUACCUGCUCCUACACGGGCCUGUCCUCGCGGAGCUCCACCACCCUGGAGAACUACAACUUUGAGCUUUAUGACGGCAUCAAGCACAAGGUCAAAAUGAACCACCAAAAGUGUUGUUCGGAGGCAUGACUGAUUACAGCGGAAUCGCAUUUGACAUUUCAUUCCAGCAAGAGUGGCUGGUGAAGAUUACUUUCUAUAUGGGAACCGAAUGCCAUAAUCUUACACAAGCCAGUGCCGGAAUACUGAAGUGGGGAGGGGUCACUGACAGCCCUGUUCUUCAGAAAGGGAAAAGUCAGGCAUAAACUUUGACUAAGAGGAUUACAGUCUGCAAGAACUAUGGCUAAUUGUUUUAAUAAGAAGAAUGGGGCAAGGAAAGGAAUUCCGAUACUAUUGUUUUUAUGUCUGAUAUGAGCAAAUCAGAUCCGCAAGCGUCAAAAUGUUUGGUUUGCAUUUAGGAAGUGAGAAACAAAAUGUUGAUCAUUAUUUCCCACCUCCUUUCUCUAAUGGGAUGGCUGAGAAUUCAAGAGAGCCCUCCCUCUGGUUUGGGUGGCCAUUCUGUGUUUAGAAAUUACACACACACACACACACACACACACACACACACACACACAAGCCCCAUCUAGCUUAUCACCAUUCAAAAAUGCUCCUUGAUUUGAUUUUAAGGGAUUUGUUCUUUGGUGUCGGUAAUACAGACCCAGCAAGCUGCCACUUCUAGACCCCAAAAUGAAAGUGUUUUGUUGCCUUUGCCUUUUUCUGAUCAGGAUGUGGUGGGGGGGCAGGGUGGAAUUAGUCUUGAGGGUCAAUGGGAGCAGCAGCGCUUUCUUUCCAGAUUACAAAGCAAAGGAGAAAGGCAGCCUGAGGUGUGAAAGUCGACAGAAGCGCCUCCUCGAGAGAAGCUGAAGAGCCUUAAAGUGAUUUGUGAAUAAGAGCCAUUUAUUAAAUCCAGAUCUUGGAUUGAAACAGCGGAGGCCUUCAUCACAAGGGCUCUUUCUUUUUUACUUUUCUUUCUGUCCCUUAAAAAAAAAGAUCCUGUUCCUUUAUUAUAGGAAAAUUGCAGCAAACAAAAGACACAAUUAUGAGGUGCCCAAGAACUCAGGAGAUGGCUUUUUAUAUGCUUGGAGAGGAAGACAGGCUGCUAUAUAUAUUUUUGUUAAUGCUGUGGCCACUCUGAUGGGAAAAAAAGGAGAAGAUGGGAGGGGGCAGAGAAGGAGGACUGUAUAGUGUUAUCCAGCCCGCUACAGAGUGGGAUCGAUCCCUCCAUCCUCUGAGAGGCGUGAUUUAAUUUCUUCAUUUCCCCUGUACUAAGGACUUCAUCCUGCAAAGAUUGACAGCAUGGUAUACCCUCUGAACAGAUCCAUUGACACCAGGGGAAUGGCCCUGGUGCUUCCUGUCUGGAAGAGGCAUAGCUUUUCUUUGCAGAUUUAGGCCCUCAGGUAGGAAUUGGCGAUUGCUGACUUUUGUGUCUUUUGGCUUAUGGCUACAUUGCAGGGUAUCUAAACUGAUAUUCUAGUGUGGGUGUUGAAUAAAAAGGUCUGGACCAAUCUGCUAUCACCUUCUCUUCCCUUCAGAGCAAUGCUAUUUGCUUCUUAGCGAUUUGCAAAGCAAAUUGUUCAUUUGUGAAGGGUUUAGUGUGUGUGGUUGUUGUUGUUUUUUUAAUCAAGUGCCUUAGAAAAAUAUUUUCCCCUCUACGUAGAGAUGUGUGGUGUAUCAAAAUACAAGGGAGGCAUUCCCCUUUCCUCUGUGUUCCUAUUCCUUUUCAUCAGUCUCCUUCCCCAUUGGAUCUCUACUGGGUAGAGCUUUGUCCUUUCAAGUGGUCAGAUAGAUUUCUAAUGCUGUCAUGUGUACUGCUGUGCCAUGCUAGAGGUGUGUUGCAGACCAGUAAAAUAAAAGUUUACAAAUGCCAAGUUUCCAUUUCCAAUGCCUUUUGCUUCAGCUCUUCAAGCCACUUCCCUGGGAGAAAUGACAAAGUGACUAGAAUAGAUAAAAGAUCUCCAGAGACGCAUCAAAUUAGAUUUUCAAGAGAACUCCCAAAAUCUGUAGUUGAUUGAAGGGUAACACCCUACAGCCUAGUACUAAACAUUUAUGCUGGCUUAAUAUUGCUCCAGCGCUGGCAUAACAUCCUGUUUUGUGAUGUUGUGCUGGCAUAGCUGCUGAUAUGCUCUCUCUUAAGCACAUACAUAAUACUCCAGCAAAUGCUGGGGCUGUUUCAAACAUUACAUUUUUUUUUUUAGAUGUAUACCUUACGAUUUUUAAAGUAUACACCUAAAAAGUGUAAAUAGUGAAUGUAACAAAUUUGCAAAUGUGUGCAUCGUCCAUGUACACUUGUUGGGAGCCCAGAAUUGGUUGCAACUCCUUAUCAAGCUUAUACUUGGUAGCAAGCGAGGUUUGCUGCAGUGUAGUGUACGAAACAGUCCAUAGAGCAGCUUUGCACAUACGCUUACCACACGGAGUGUCCACAGCUUUUGGAAUGUGUGGUGCUCCCCACCAUGUAUACAAAUGCAUGAGCAAGGCACUUAGGUCAAGUAAUUGUAUUUAGGCGCCACAAUCCAGCAAGAGUUGAAAGCGCUUGAGUCCAUUGAUUCAGUGGCUCACAUGAUGCACAGCAUUACAUGAUCCCUGAUACUGUUCGAAAGCAGCAAUUGUGCAAGCAGCUUUCCCCUGUUUGCCACAAUGGUGGAAACUGCAGUAGACCGUAGUGCUGCUUGUGCAACGGUCACUUCUGGACAGUGUCAGGGCUGCCUUACAAGUCCACAGUAGUAACAGGGUGUGGCAUUACCUCUGCGUAAUGCUGGGCCUCAUAGACACCAGUGCAUUUAACUCUGCAUUUAGGUUGGUGGAUUUAAAUCAGUGGUUUUCAUACUGUCCUGGUGCACCUCUGAGGUUCCUCAGCUGCCUAUCAGGAGUUCAUCAAUGAGAAGAUCACAAAUGGUGCACAAACAUCCUGGGAAAACCGCUUGGCCUACCACACCCCAUGGCUCAUGUGAACUGAGGGGAUGCCUCAGACUCCUGCAGAGGAACUCCAUGGCACGCACUUAGAGGGUGUUCCUCAGCAGGUGUCAAUGUGGCAAAGGCUCCCUGAUAGGAGACCGUUUGAAAGACACUGCCUUAAAAAGAGCCUUGCUUUUCAGCAUGCUAGAAAUGGCACCAUAAAAGUGUCCCUCUUUAUAGAUCGAUAGAUAGCAGUAUCUAUCCAGCAUAUUUCACAUACAACCCUAUUUUCCCCCAAUCUUAAAGAAACACAGAGGGUAAUAAUCACAUUCACAGGGUUCUUUUGCAGACAGAUUGCUGCUACUGUUUCAAAAGAGGGCAUGGCCCAGCCACAGUUAACCACUUCCAGGUUUCAUUGAUUUCCCAGGGAGAGCUAAGCAAGUGCUUACCUUGGGCUGGAUCAUGUCCCCACUGUAUUUCUCUUCGAUAAGUGUGAGGGGGAAGGAGGAUACGCUGCAUCUGUAAUGGUCACCUGGCUGGAGUAAUAGAUGUAUUUAAAAGAGUAGUGUUGCGUAUAUAGUGGGCAUUCGGAGAGUGAGAGUCCGUGGAUACAUAUAUUUUGAUAGAUAUGUGUCUGCACGUGCUUGUGAGUUCUCUGUAUGUGUUAUGUAUGUGAAUGGUUACAUGGGACUACUGGUUUCUUUGAUCUGAGGCCGGAGGAUGCUACUGACUGACCUUGGGGUGAAUUUGACAGGGAGUUCAGCACAAACCACAGGCCACCGAACCAGCUCCCUCCUGAAGAGUCCCAUACUUUGCAUCCCAUGUUGGUUGGUACAUGGGCUUGGCUGUGUGCACUCAAUGAGCGGAAUCAGGCCAUAAUGCUGCAUAGCUGAUACCUCACUUACCUUUCUGCUGGGUGCUUUACUGUUCUAAUGCAGAAAACUGUGUUUGAUUGUAUUUUUACCAGGGCGUGGGGUGGGGUGGGGGGAGGUCCAUAUUCAUGUCAAUACAUCUCCAUCUGCAAAUGUACACUAUAUUUGCUGGUCCAUGUUCUUUUCCCCCUUCCAAAAUACUAAAGAAAAAGGAAAAUAUAACCCAGCGUCACCAACGCUUUUGUCGAAGUACCUUUUACUGCUACUGCCACCGCCUCUCAAGGUCAUGUUAAUCGUGGCCAACAGGAAGGCUGAAGCAUAGUUGACCCUUGCCUUGUAGGGAGGUGUCGACAAGGAAGCAUGGGGAUUAAAAUCCAUGGGGAAAACUGUAUGCAGGAAAGAGAAUUUCUCACAUUUUACCAGCUCAAGUUAGUUCGACCAUUUACUGGCUGAGCCAGAUCAUGUGGACUUUAAAGCUUUGACUGUGAUUCUUCAAUGUUUAAAGAAAAACAAACUCAAACUGUGUUUCUAUGAUUUGUAUAAAAGCCUUUUAAAAUUACUAUUUAAUAAACAUUAUAGUAGAGAC